AUGAAUCCUACAUCUUCAUCAAACUCAGACCAUUUCAUACCUGUUUCAAAACCUCAGAAAGGCUAUGUAGCGAAAGAUUAUGCAACUGCGCGCUCGGACUUUGAUAUCGUUGAGAUUAAACGGUUUUUCCCUUUUCUGUUUUGUUUCCUUUUUCAAGUUUGGCCGUUAGGAGGUCCAGCUUUUGUUCGGCUUUGUAGGGGUUUACCAGAUCCGACUCCAUCUUUUCUUUAUCAACUAGAUCAAAUCGAUCUUGCCAACAAAUAUUUACAUCCAUCAAGUGUUGAGGUUUCAAAGAACGAUGUAAACUUUCGAUAUACAUUGGAGGGCAAUGAUCAAGUUGGAAAUUCUUCAAUUCAAUCUUUCAUCUCAUCCAGCGCUUUGAGCCCUGAAUUGAAAGAAGGUUUUGGUCGAGCAUCUUCAAUCGAGACGUCCACAUCACGAUCAAUCUUUACAGAUAAACGUUCUCACUUCUCACAAUCUUCACCUAUUUCUUCAAUUCAUGAACUGCCUUCACCCGGGUUGGCGGUAAAAGCAAAUCAAAUUUCAAAUUUGGAUGGAGCUCCCAUCUUGGAUCAUGACGACGUGCUUCGAUCUGAACCGAUAGCUUCAAUUUCUACGGGUGAAUCUCAACCUACUGUUAAACUUAAAUCACUCAAUAAUACUCAAGCCUUCAAUGAGCAAAAUGAUAUGGAAAUAGAUACCAAUUUUGUCGCCAUAAUGGGAGGAAACAGUCACAAGUUGAACCAAAAGCGACCACAUCUAUUAGAUGAUGCGGCAAGUCUCAGUAAUACCAACAAGAAAAACAAAACAAAACCAGAUAAAGUACUUGAUGACCAUAGAUGGUCUAGUAGCUUUCAAAAUGUUCAAAAACCUGGCAAAGAUUCUCAUUCGCAACAUGAAGAUAUAACGGUGUGUAAAGCAGUCGAAUCUUGCAGACCAUCCUCAGCUUCAUCCGUGGACUUAUUCCUGGCCACAUGUAUACCACCAGCGGUUCUACUUUCCGAGCCUUCAUCCCACCAGAAGCCUCCAGCGUCACUACCUCAACGGCCCUCGCAAUACCCAGAGCGUACAUCCGGUCCCACAUCAACCUAUUCAGACCAUAGAAGACCUCCAAUGGGUUGGGACCAUAAAACCAAGCAUCAUAGCUCCAGUCAAAAGUCUGAUUUGAGCCGAAGCGAAUCCAGUCAACACCGCUCUCCUUGUGCCAAAAUCACAUCCCAACACAUCCAAUCUUCUCGCCACGAAAGAUAUAGUGAUACAGAAAAUUGGCCCCGGAACCAUGAUAGGAAAGAAUCAGGCUCCAAGGUGUUACCACACAACACCUUGGCUUCCGAUCUGUCCAGCCAGCGACUCACCCUAGGCAGUGCUUCCAAUAACAUCCCAAUGCCGUUUGUUCGAUCUUUCGUUUCCAAGCCUCAAUCAGAAACUCGUGUGCCUGAACAAGUUCCUGCGGAGGGUGAAAUUGAGAUUUGUAUUCCUGAACUUCUCGAUGCUAUCAAGACGGUGAAAUCAUCGCGAUUGAGGUCAGAAGGGUAUGUAGGAGAUGAAGCUAUGGAGACAGGCAGCAUGUCUUUCAAUGCUCAACCUUUAGAUAUGAAGAAGAUCGAUGUGAAGAAGAUCGAUGCGAAGAAGAUCGAUGCGAAGAAAAACCCUCUGACAAGCUCAAAGGCAUCGAACGUAGAGAGUCGUUCGACUAUUGAUGAAGAUGAGCGUGAUUCGCAAAGAAAAGGUUCUUUCAAGUUGGAUGACAAAUUUCCAUUGGAUGCUUAUAUUCUCAAUGUCAUUGAAGACAGCACCUCAACUCAUGAACGAUGGAUAGUAGAAGCAUUUUGUCGAGUUGGGAUUUGGCUCGAAGAGAAAGGAGUAUGGGAGCAUGGUAAUUGGGGAUGUUUACUUUCGAAUCAAUUAGCACGCUUUAUUGAUCUAGGUGGAAAAGAUAGACUUUCAAAACUUCUUGCUGCUGAUAGACCCCUUAAGUUUGAAGAGAUUUUAAAACACACCAAAAAGUUUGAUCGUAUUCUCGCUAUCAAUACUAAAGAUGGCUUGAUGCACAUUCGUCUGAUGAAAGAUUUCACGCCACGUGGUUUGUUUUAUCACACACUCAUUCGAGCCAUGAGACAGUACACUUAUACAAAUCGUACCGCUGUUGUUGACCGAAACAAAUUGGAAACUGGCUUCAUAAUCCCAAAGACUGGAAGGGUUUCAGACAUCUUACCACCCUAUACGAAUUUUCGCAAGUAUACUCGUUGGGCCGAAACCGAAGGUGUGAUCGUGGUGAUUUCUAGAACGAAGUCAGCUGCUAAAGAUCUCAAGUUAACAUCACCUUGGCUUCAUGCUGCUUAUAAAGACGAACCAGCACCCGAGGUCAAACUUGAAAGAAGUGUAGUGGAAGAGAUUGAAAGUUUAAUGGCUCAAUUGCAAUGA